GUUAUGUCAAAAAGGUUAUUUUAAAUCAUUUCAGAUUGGUUGCUGCUUUAAAUUAAAAUUUUUAGUUAUGUUUUUCACUUAAAUUUCUGUAAAUUUUUGUCUUAAUUUUAAAUUCGACCCAAAUGGAUAUAAAAGGUAUUUGUUAUGCUGCUUUUCGAGGAAUUUGUGAUAGUUUUAAAGGAAUGUUAGUCAUUUUCUAUUUGGACAAGGAAGUUAACGAGAGAAUGCUGAACAAGCGAAGUCCUAGUGCAACAGCGAUACGACAAAAAAGAGUAGAUUCUAGAGAAAGCACACCAGUUCGUCAACUUAAAAAACAUGAGGAAUCCAAUGUGAUAAAAAAAGUUGUACAAUGUGCACUCCUAAAUGGAGGUAUUUUUCUUUUAAGUAUUUUAUUAUUUGAAUAUGGUGUUUUACCAUCAAUAAACAAACUGUUCGAUCUUCUGUUUGGGACAAACUCUUUUAUGACAAGAGUUGUCUGGUAUUGGAUAGAAUACAUUUCCUUGUUAUUAUUCAGAACGGCCUGGGUGAUCCCUCUAUUUCUUCUUAGCAAAAUAAUCAAUGCACUCUGGUUUCAGGAUAUAGCUGACUCGGCUUAUAGAUAUAGCAGAGGGAGACCAGUAUUUUUCCAAAGCAUCAGUAAAUUCCUUGCUGAUUCAAUUUUUAGUGUAGUAAUCCAAUUUUUGUUUCUAUUCCAAGCCACUUUAAGCAGCUACAUACCACUACAUCCAGUCGGAUAUAUCCUGGCUUUAGCUCAAACAUGUCUUUUAUACUCUCUAUAUUCAUUUGAAUAUAAAUGGUUCAAUAUGGGAUGGGAAUUGCACAAAAGGCUUACUUUUAUAGAAGUGAAUUGGCCUUACUUUAUAGGUUUUGGCCUACCAUUAGCUGUGGUUACACAACUUUCAGAAUCUUGGAUUAUUAGUGGCUGUUUGUUUUCAAUUCUUUUUCCCUUAUUUAUUAUAAGUGGCAACGAAGCUAAUCCUGUGACUGGGAUUAAUCAUUUCUCUGUACAUUUUUUCUCACCGGUCGUUGCAGUAUCAAACACCCUGUUUAGUGUCACCAUUGGAAAUCCAAAGCGAAGGGUCACUAGAAGUUCUGCAGAGACCACAAGGGCGCAGCAACAGAGACUACAUUGAAAUUAGGUUUCUUGGUUCUAAAUAAACAAAACUGUAUAUAUUGAUAUCUUUUUCAUCCAAGAAUCAAAGAAGAUUGUUUUGUAUUUUGACUAUUUUUUCAAAAUAAAAUAAGUUAUAUUUU